CUACCUAGUAGGUCUUCCAUCAACACUCACACGCAAUGGCCCGCCUAAAGUCCGUUCGCGCGCCUACAACCGCCAGUCUACCCAGCAACCUCCGCAUUCCCUCCUCCACGCCGUCCCUAGUCAAAGCCUUUGGCAAGCUCACCCGACAAGCACUGUUGGAUCUGGCGUUCCAAUGGCUCGAAGAUCGCAAUCUCCAGGCAUUCCCACCAUAUCUCCAAGAAGAUGAAGACGAGAAAGAGGAGGAGGACGAGGGACUGAGUCCCUAUCCUGCGGAGCGCACCGUCAACGAUGUCCGAAACGCAUACCAGGAGUUGCAGUUGCGAAAAGGCGGCAAACGCGAAGUAAUUGAUCGCAUCCUCGAAGGCGACUGGAGACAUGGGAUUACCCUGCGACAACUAGCCAUGGUCGACCUUCGCUACAUCGACGACCACUCCUCCAGCCUCCGAUGGACCGCACUGGAGCUCUCCCGCAUCGAAAGCCAACAACAACAACAACAAUCAGACCCCUCCGACCUCUCCGCAUGUCUCCCGCGCGUCCACGCCUCAACCUUCCUCAGCAAGCUUCAGCAACAGAUCUCCCCGCUAGUAAAAGCGCACUACUACCUCUCCCGCUCGACCUCACUCCCUCUCACCUUCCUCCGCAUCUUCGUCACCAACUCCCCCUACCAACAUCCGCGCCAGGCCGCCGAACUCCUCACCGACGCCUCGCGCGUCAUUUACAUCGCCUUCCCAGAUAGCUGUCCCUACCUAUACACCUCCAUAGCCUCGACCCCGGGCUCCUCAAAAACCACUAGCGCAUCCGCAACCCCCACCGCCAUCGCAACCGACCCCCGCAGCCUGCAACGUCUCGUCCGCGACGCCCUCCCGAAGGCCCUCUCUCUCCCCCACCAGCGCUACACCCUCAAACCCACCUCCCUAACAGCAAAAAGUCUCCAAGCACUCCUCUCCCUCCGCGGCCCCGGUCGUGCCAACCAAUCCACCGGCGCAUUCAGCAUCUUCGCCGACGCCGCCCUCGAAGGAAGUCCGCUGGACCCUCGACCAUCUAACACCGUCACCCCAGAAGAGCACAUGAACCAUCCUUCACACCACAAGGAGAACCAACACCCCGACGACGCAGACCCUUCCACUUCUAAACCACCCAAACGAUCCAAAACCGACCACGAAGACCCGCACGUCUCCAAAAAGCGCACCCUAACUGUACAAUCCCGCUUCGGUACCUCCGCAUCUCUAUUUUCUGCUCCGCUCGACCGUCUCGAUAUCCGUCUCCUCGAUCCCCCAAAUCCCAAAUCAACAUCCACAUCAACAUCGUCAACACCAACCCUCUCCCUCACCUUCACCGGUACAGACAUAAUCAGCGGAUUCCGCAAACUAGCCGAGAAUGGCAUCGUCAAUGCAGAAAAAAUGCCUUCGUGGAUGACGGGCGAAGAAGCAGUGAGUGUAGCUGUUGUUCGUCGGGGUCGGCGGGUCGUGAAGGACAGUGGAUGAAGAAUCUCCUUGGGAAACCAAAAUUUUGUCAUGGCUAUAUAAUGCUUGCAUGCAUGCAUUUGGCUACCAUUCAUUUCGUGGUAGAGAGCUCUCUGAGGUGUGCCUUCUACGGGGUACUAAUGUGCUUGUCCCGGUUUGGAGGGGUUGGAUACCUCUUAUUCC